AUGGCUCAAUUACCAAAGGGAAAGCCUGAAGACGAAUGGAGGGCUACUCUCACCCCUGAGCAGUUCCGCAUCCUUCGUCAAAAGGGGACCGAGAGGGCUAGCACUGGAGAAUAUGACAAGUUCUACGAGGAAGGGGUGUAUACUUGCGCUGGGUGUGCCACACCACUGUACAAGAGUAAGACAAAGUUCAACAGCGGGUGUGGAUGGCCUGCUUUCUUUGAUGCUAUUCCAGGCGCGGUGAGCCGGCAUGAGGAUCGAGCGUUUGGAACAAUUCGAACGGAAAUUACAUGCUCGGCUUGUGGUGGUCACCUUGGGCAUGUGUUCAAGGGGGAAGGCUUCUCUACACCAACGGAUGAGAGACAUUGUGUCAAUAGUGUUAGCUUGACAUUCCACGAUAAGGACUCACCCGUGGCCGCGGGGAACCCAGAUAAAUAA